AUGGCUGCUAUCACAGACGACAAGGUUGCUAGGGUCAGCGAAGAUGACCAUGCGCCAGAUUAUGGUACGGUCAAAGACGCAUCCAUCGCAAAGCAAGCUGCAGAAGAGGAACACAACCUCACGUUGCUGCAAGCCAUUCGGAAAUAUCCCAAGGCCGUCAUGUGGUCGGUCCUUCUCUCCACCUCGAUCAUCAUGGAGGGUUACGAUAUCGUUCUUAUCUCAUCCUUCUUUGCCCAACCAUCUUUCCGAGAGCAUUAUGGAAGCUACCAGCCCAAAAGCAAUUCCUGGCAAAUCACAGCUUCCUGGCAGAAUGCACUUUCGAACGCCGUGAGCGUUGGGACUAUUAUUGGCGCGUUUGCCAAUGGUUACUUCACAUAUAAGUUCGGCUACCGCAAAGUACUUCUUACUUCCCUGGUUGCCAUAUGUGGUUGCAUCUUUAUCUCGUUCUUCUCGCCGAGUCUUCCCGUCCUUCUUGUUGGCCAGUUCCUUUGCGGUAUCCCAUGGGGCGUUUUCGCCACUAUGGCUCCUGCAUAUGCAUCAGAAGUCUGCCCCAUGGCAUUAAGAGGAUAUCUGACUGUCUAUGUCAAUCUAUGUUGGGCCAUAGGACAGCUGAUUUCUGCUGGAGUACAAGCAGGCUUCUCGAAUACGACCGGGCAUUGGUCCUACCGAAUCCCUUUCGCAAUCCAAUGGGCGUGGCCCGUCCCUUUAUUCAUCGUCCUUUUCUUCGCCCCCGAGUCCCCCUGGUUCUACGUCCGGAUCGGCGAUUACGAAAACGCUGAGAAGUCAAUCACCCGCCUAAGUUCCUCAACAACUCCUGGUCAUGCAAAGCAGGCUCUUGCCAUGAUGAUACAUACCAAUGAGAUUGAAAAGUCCAUCGACCAAGGUACUUCGUAUCUGGAUUGUUUCCGUGGGGUUGACCGACGCAGAACCGAGAUUGCCUGCAUGGCCUUUGCUGCCCAGCCCUUUUGUGGAUCUUCCAUGGGUGGCACUCCGACUUUCUUCUUCGUGCAGGCUGGUUUACCUGAGUCGAUUUCUUUCAGAAUGUCUGUUGGUGGUCUUGGGAUUGCGUCUGUGGGCACAAUCAUAUCAUGGUGGCUGCUUCCCCUGGGUCGACGUACAUUGUAUCUUUGGGGGCUUGGCUUGCUCACAGCUGUGCUGAUGAUUGUUGGAUUCAUCAGCGUAGGUGCUGGAGACUCCCAGGGAGGAAACUAUGCGCAAGCCAGCAUGAUGCUCAUAUGGUUGGGCGUUUAUUACAUGACUGUUGGACCUGUUUGUUACGCAAUCAUCUCGGAAGUUUCUUCGACCCGACUGAGAAACAAGUCUGUUUGUGUCAGCCGAAUUGCCUAUUACAUCGCUCAGAUCAUCUGUAAUGUCGUCAACCCUUAUAUGCUCAACCCGACCGCAGGAAACUGGCGCGGCAAAACUGGCUUUUUCUGGGGAGGCUGCUCUUUUGUCUUCUUCAUUUGGACGUUUUUCCGCCUUCCUGAAACCAAGAACAAAACAUUUGAAGAACUUGAUCUUUUAUUUGCUAAUAAUGUGGCGACCCGCGAGUUUGCCAAGUACAAGGUGGAUGCGUAUGCUGAGGAUGAUAACGUCUUGACCGUUCAAGAUGCUGCUCGCCGUUGA